GUCAGUACCCACUCUGAAGAUGACAGCAUCUGUACAAUACAUCAGAAAGCUGUUUGGUAAAAGCAGCUGCGCGACUAACAACCUGCUGAACACCGGACACAAAACACAGAAGAGCACGAAUGAUCACAAAACAACCAAAAACAAAUAUGAAAGAAACGUAGAAAGUCCUAAACGAAAAGUACAGCAGACCCGAGACAAUACAGAACACUGCAUAUGGAAAAGUGUCAUUUUAAGAAGAAAAGAAAAUGAAACCUUUGGGUUUGACAUCCAGACAAGCAGUGAUGAGAGAACGGUCAGCCCUGAGCAGGAUUUGGGCUCAUGUGCGUGUUGGGUAAAAGAGAACAGUCUCGCAGAGAGUUGUGGGUUAAUGACAGGUGAUGCUAUUGUCACAGUCAACAGUGUAUACGCCGCAGGAUUCACUCAUCAGCAAAUCAAGGAUCUUAUUCAAAAUUCCUCCUUCUUAAAGAUGGAGAUAAUCGGGGGUGCUACAGUAAAACACAGACAACUGUAUGGGAAGCUGUAUCUCCUGCAGCGACAGCUUACAGAGAAACACGAAGAGCUUCAGACACUCAUCACACAGGAAGUGCGUCUGGGAGGAGGUACCACGGAAAGCAUCUAAGAAACCUUCCUACGGGAUCUCCUUAUACCCUCUGCUGAUUGAGUGAUAAGGAGGCAGCUACAGUAGCAGAACUGUCCUGUAAAGACUUCAAAAUGGAACUUGUGUGAGUCCAGUAAGAAGAAUCAUGGUCCCCACAAGUGAUCCGUUCAUGACAGGAACCCAAACUUUCUUAAAACCCUGUCCUACAGUCCAACCAUUAAAGAGAACAAUUUGUUUCUAGAAGCAGAGCAGUACUUUUAAAUAAUCUUAUCUACUAAGUCUGUUGACUGUAUUUCUGUACUCAGUUUGUUGAUUGAGUGAUUGAAAGGUUUGAAUUGUGAAUGAAAAUGUUGAUGAAUCAUAUGGAAUAAUUUCGGGGCCACUAGAGUCACAAUACGGAAUUGGAAAAAUUAGAACUUUUCAAAUAAGUUUCCCACACAGAUAGUCUUUUCCCAAACUCAUUCCAUUGGUUAAGCCUAUGUUGGGAUGGUUGGGAUGCUCAAACAAACCGCAGAGCCACAACAGUGUUUACACUUUUUAAGGGUGCAACCUACAAAUGGCUUACUUAUAGCCAUAACAAAUUGUCUUUGCAAGUUAAAGGAAUGUUCCGGGUUUAGUACAAGUUAAGGUGUGGCAUAAUGUUGAGUCGUCCCUUGUUUAAGCAAAUAAGAAAAAAACGUGGUUACAGUGCAGCACAUACAAUGGAAGUAAAUGGGGCCAGUCCAUAAACGUUAAAAUACACACUGUUUCCAAAGUAUAGCCACAAGACUUAAACCUUAUAGGUGUUACAAUGAUUUUAGUGUGAUAAAAUCACUUACUAACCUUAUCUGUGUAAAGUCAUAUCAAAUAUUACAACUUUGUUGUCAUGACGACGUAAUUCCUGAAACCCUGUAAACGAGUUUAUCACACUAAAAUCGUGUAGUGCAGAUAUUUAAACACACUAAAGUACAUUUUAACAUGUAGAAUGUUUACAUCUUGUGGCUAAACUUUUGAAACAGUGUGUAUUUGGUGUUUAUGGACUGGCCCCAUUUAAUUCUAUUGUAGAUGCCUUAAUGAAACUUAGUGGGAAUAAUUUUCUGUGGUAAAUUGCAAUCAACAUUAUGUUACAAAUGCUGUCGAUUGUGCUUUACUUGUACUGAAUGAGGAAUAUUCUUUUAAGCUGGGAUGGGAAAUACAUCUUUAAUUUUAGUACCUGUCUGUAUUAUCUAUACUGUAUUUAUGUAUGUGUUUUAGUGGUAUCUGUCAUUAGGUGUUAUUUAUUAUUAGCUAUAAAUAAAUUACGUUUUAUUUAAUGUAUAUUUAGCUAAAUUCUUUAUUUUUUAUUUAUAUACAUUACAUUUUAAUUUAUUCAUUUCUUUUUUCUUUCUAU